AAACCCACCUACCAGUAAAACCUAUCAUAAAAAAAUGAGGCGCAAAGCGAGUGACCAAGAAAGCGGAGGACCACACCCUUACCACUCCCCACCCCAAUCACUUUCCGCCACGUUUCAUGUACAUCUCCGUUCUACUCUUCACGCGAAUCUCAUCGUUCUCCUCGCAGCGGAGCAAAAGAAGAGAAGAAGAAGGCGAUCCCAACCAUGGCACCGGCCUCGAGGAGCCGGGCUCGCCGCGCUUCCAUCUCCGAUUCUCUGCCGGAUAUGAAGCCCGAGCUCCUCAGCCAUACCCAUCCCAACCCUCACCGUCGCCGGCUCCGGCUUCUCCGCUACGAUCAGCUGCCGGAGUUCUUGAAAGAUAACGAGUAUAUUCUUGGGCAUUAUCGUUCUGAAUGGCCGAUCCGUGAUGCCUUCCUCAGCGUCUUCUCUUGGCACAACGAAACCCUAAACGUCUGGACCCAUUUGGGGGGAUUUUUGGUGUUCUUGGGGUUAAUGAUCAUGGUCUCGUUGGAAUCACGCGGAGAUUCACUCGACUCCAGUUUGAUUUCUGGGAGGAUGAACGGACGCGGGAUGACAGUGGAGAACUCUUCACAUGAUGUUUUAUGGGUGUACACACGAUCAACAAAUCCAUCGUCAACAUCAUCAAAUCCAAUGAUUUCAAGGUGGCCAAUAAUGGUGUUCUUGAUAGGUUCCAUGAUGUGCCUUGGAUGCAGUUCCCUGAGCCACCUUUUGGCCUGCCACUCCCGGCGGCUCAACCUCCUCUUCUGGCGCAUCGACUAUGCCGGCAUUUCCUCUAUGAUCGUCACCUCCUUUUUCCCACCCAUCUACUAUGCCUUCGUUUGCCACCCUCUCGCCCGUUUCGCCUACCUCUCCACCAUCACCAUCUUUGGCCUCCUCACCAUCCUCACACUCCUCUCACCAUCUCUUUCCACGCCCAACUUCCGACCAUUCCGUGCAUGUAUUUUCCUUGCCAUGGGCUUCUCCGGCGUAGUUCCUGCAGUGCAUGCAUUGGUGAUCAACUGGGAACACUGGCAAUGCCAUGUUGCAUUGGCAUUGGAGGUGGCCAUGGCUGUAGCGUAUGCUGCUGGUGCUGUUGUGUAUGUGAGCCGUGUGCCAGAGAGGUGGAAGCCUGGGGCUUUUGAUUUGGCCGGCCAUAGCCAUCAGAUUUUUCAUGUGUUUGUGCUUGUUGGUGCACUUAUACACUUUGCUGCAAUCAUGGUGUUGCUUGACUGGAGGGUUGGACUGCCCAUUUGUGGCUCUAAUGUGAAUGGGUAGAGGAUUUUUUUUUUUUUCCUUUUAGUAUGUAGAGGUGAAAGAUGUUUGGUUUUAAGUGUCUUCCCAUUAUUUCUGUCUUGGGUUCUGCUUUGGGGAUUUUAUUGAUGUAACCUAGCAGAGUCAAUAUAGAAAUCAAUAUCUCGAUUUAUAUGAUUUUCUUUGAGAUUUUAUUCGAUUUUAA